UUCUCGUUAACUACAAGAUCGUCCUUCUCGCGUCCCCGGCGAUAGAAAAUUCCCGCUCAUUUCCUGCGAUCCAGAGAGACGUCUGUCUUCUGGUUUGUCUUUCUUGUUACGAAGUUUUUGGUUUCUUCGUCUUUUUUGGAAGAAUCUUCCUAUGACUUCUCUCAGUUGCGAGAAAUUGGCGGUAUGGACCAUUGUUGCGAUCCUUCUGCAGAUGGUUGGCCUCUUCUUGUUCGUCUCUGCGUUUUUUCCGAUGAAAUCUGCGAUUUCCGGUUCAAGUGGCCCAGAGAGUUAUCGGCUUCUAUGUGAUCGACCUGUCGGUCCGGAUGUGGGAAGAUUGCUUCCUCAUGAGCUAAGAUCUUUGUACAAGGAAAUUUCAGGUAUACAGCCAGUCUUUGAACGUGUAAUUUUGAUGGUUGUUGAUGGUUUACCGGCAGAGUUUGUACUAGGGAGAGAUGGUUCUCCUCCUGCGUAUUCUAUGAUAGAAGCAAUGCCUUACACUCAUUAUUUGCUCUCAAAUGGGAUUGCUACUGGAUUCCAUGCCAAAGCAGCACCUCCAACAGUCACUAUGCCUCGCUUGAAGGCUCUGGUUUCUGGGGCUAUCUCAGGAUUUCUGGAUGUGGCGUUUAAUUUUAAUACUCAAGCUUUUGAAGAUGAUAAUCUUCUUGAACAGCUUCACCGUAUUGGCUGGAAAAUUUUAAUGUUUGGUGACGAGACAUGGAUCAAGUUAUUUCCAGGCUUGUUCACAAGAUGUGAUGGUGUUAGCAGCUUCUAUGUUAAAGAUACAACUGAGGUGGAUUACAAUGUUUCUCGCCAUUUAGAAGUUGAGCUUGUUGCAGAUGACUGGGAUCUCAUGAUUCUACACUACCUGGGUCUGGACCAUGCUGGCCAUAUUGCUGGGCGCUAUAGUACAUUGAUGAACUUGAAACUCAAGGAGAUGGAUGGGAUUAUCAAGAUGCUUCACAUGUCAGCUAAUUUGCAAGAGAAUCCUGUUAAUAAGCAUACCCUUUUGGUUGUGCUUAGUGAUCAUGGAAUGACUAGCAGCGGAAAUCAUGGGGGUUCAUCAUUUGAAGAAACUGAUUCAUUGGCUAUGUUUAUUCAUUUGAAUGGCAAAAUGGCAGUUUCUGCCUCAGACAAAUAUAAAACAGUUAAUCAGGUAGACGUGGUGCCUACUUUGGCUCUGUUAUUAGGUGUACCUAUUCCACAAAAUAAUGUUGGAAUCUUGAUUGCCGAUAUGUUUAACUCUUUGACAGAUGAGCAGAAGUUACGAGCACUGGAGUUGAGCUCUUGGCAGUUACUGAGAUUAGUGCAAACACACUUUCCAAAAUUGCCAUGUGGUGGUCAUCUGUGCUCUGAAUCUAUACAAGAAGAUACUGGUGACUGUGAUGAUAGUUUUGAGGCAAAGAUAUGUUGCCUCUUCAGAAAAGCUGCUGUUCUACAUCGGUCCUGGAAAUCUCUAAAUGUAUCAGCUGCAGACAGUUCUAGAGUCCAACAUGCUUCUGCUGCAUAUUUUCAAUUUCUACGGGUUUCAUCUGAAUGGUUGUCAAGGAAAACAACAGAUAAACCACUCAAAACUCUUGGUUCCGGAAUUUUUGUAAUGGUUGUAUCGUCCUCAAUUCUGUUCAUUCUUUUAAUCAAAUUAUGCAAUGAAUCCACUCUGCAAACGCUGAACUGUUGCUCACAGGAAAGCGAUUAUUGCAAGGGGCGGUUGGUUGAGAGCUUCACUGCUAUUGGAAUCCUGAUACAUGUUUUCUCUCUAGGAGCUAGCUCCAUGGUUGAGGAGGAACAGUACAUUUGGCAUUUUCUUACUUCGACUUUGUAUAUUCUCUUUCUCCAUAGAGCAGUCCAAUUUCUCCCAGGCAGAACUGCCCCAUUUAUUGAGAAUCAACGCCAUACUUUUGACAGUAACAACUACUUUGCUUGGUUCUUUAAGAGCCACUUGCUGCCAUGGUUGUAUGCAAAUGAGGUUUUUCAGAUACUUCUUAUUAUAAUGGUACUAAUUUCUGGUAGGGUUUUGAGGGGUUGGCACCAAGGUGGUGUAAACUGGGCCAGUCUUCCAGAUAUUUCAAAGUGGCUUGAGCAAAGGAGCACAUUUGCUGUUCGACUCGUUGAGACUGUCUCUAUGGUUUUGCUGGUCAUUUUGGGCUCAUUUUGUUAUUCUAGAGUUAAACUAAGAACACCUUUUUUUGGUUUAGUUCGUCUACUAGUUUAUGUAUCUGGAUUAUUAGUUUUAUUAUGUAAAGCAUCUUAUGAGAAGCAAACAUCAAUAGGCUCCCAUCACUGGGGAACAUUUAUUGCACAGGUCAUUUAUGCAACUGUUAUUUCAGUUACGCUGGUCAUGGCAUUGGUUUCACCGUGGACCAUACCAAUUGCCAACCGAGGAACUUCCUUGGGUCCAUCGUCUACUACUUUGCCAGGUCUGCCUGCUUGGUUUCAUCAUGUUGCAGCCAAAGAUUGUCUUUACUCAAUUGGAUGCACAUUUGUUAUCUAUUGGUGCCUCCUGCAGCUGUUGCUUCAACAACCAGAAAAUUCAGGGCCAAUAUUGUUGUUGCUUUCACAAUUGUUGGCAAGCAUAAACUACUUCUCAACGGCUGGAACACAUAAUAAAAGAUGGAUUGAGGUUUCUGCCUUGUAUUUUCUGGGAAUGGCAGGUCAUUUUGGGUUGGGCAACACUAAUACACUUGCUACUGUUGAUGUUGCUGGAGCAUACAUGGGUCUUUCUUCUUAUUCAGCAGUGUUAACUGGCAUUUUGUCGUUUAUGAUCACCUAUGCCUCCAUGCUCCUCUUUCUUCUGGGCCUGCUGAUAUAUAUAUCUUUGAGAGACAUUGAUAUGCUGCCGUUGGAGAAUGUGGAUCUUGGUUCCUUUCUGAAGUCAAUGAUGGGUCUCCCCUGUCUUGUGCCACUAAGCUUGAACUCCAUUGUGUUGGUAGCAUUCACAGUUGUACUGCUGAUCAUGAGGAAUCAUCUCUUUGUUUGGAGUGUGUUCUCGCCAAAGUACCUGUAUGUAUGUGCUACAACUGUAUGUGUAUGGGUUGGGGUGUCAAUCAUUGCUGGCACUGGAGCUUAUUCUUGCUUAGUCAUCUUUGUUAGAUCAAAGCGGUUACAUUUGAACACAAGGUGAAUACAAGGUUCUCCAUGGAACAGUCAGUCUCAAAAGUAAAGAUAUUGAUCUUACUUCUGCCAGUCACUACUAAGAUGAACUGUUGAUCAUGAAACUUUGAAGCAAAUACGUGGUCAUCCUUUUGCUUUGGUGAACAGUUGAUGAAGGUUAUGGCAAUUCCUUACCAGAUUCUGCAAAUGUUAUUUGCUGAGGCACAGACAAUUCAUGUAGCUUUUGGCGAGCACGCUUAUGGUUUAUCAUCAAUUUUGCAUGAUUGGAGUGUUUGAGGCUCUAACAAUUGCAUUGAUGUAAGAAUUUUAAACAUUGCCAUUCUUCACUAAUGAACAUGUGUUCUUUUAUUUAAAAGAAAAA